UAAAAGUAGGGCGGGUGCGAAAUACAUUUGAGCUAAAUUUUUGGAUGGGGCAUCGAUACUGAAUUUAUGCUAAGCUGCACGAAAAUCUUCCAAAAGUUGGUAAAUUUAGAUAUAUCUGCCUUGAGUGUCAAAAUUUAACUACUGUCAACAUGGUACCAAUCUUAUGCUGCUUGGGGCCUUUCUUCAAACAACAAGGAAAGUAUUACCCGAGGAAAAACGAAGAAAGAGUGAUUGAGCAGUUUGAAAGGACCACAUGGCAGAGCUCUAGACUUCACGAGGAAGCUGAAUACCCUUAUGAUUGGCUGAUAUCGGCAUCGACGAGGAAACGUCGAAACGGUCGUGAUCCUAGAAGAAGAUUCCUAUCACGAAUACGAUCCGUCCAUGCAGUCACUGACGCCGAGCCAGAGGUUGGAAAGGAGUUCGUCUUUAAUUCUAUCCUUGCAGACGAUGACGGGUCAAGGAACAGGACAAAUGUUCUCAAAUCAGGGGUAAACUCAGAUGUCCAAGGUGGUAACAGCAAUCUUUAUCGCGGACAUGAUGAACAUGUGCAAAGUCAGUCGAUUGAAGAUGGUAACGUUGAUAGGUCUAUUGAGCAUGCUGAGUGUAGGCCAAGAUCUGAAUCUGAUGUUAAGAAAAGUGGGCACACGAAUCUGACGUCAUCCGAAGAAGCGGAAACUACAUGCAGAUCUACACAGGAAGAAAAUGAGAAUGGACCAACAACUGGACAAGAAUUGCAUUCCAAUUCUGAAGAGCAGGAAUUGGGUGUGAACCAAGUCACAGGGAUAGAUGAGAAAUCUGUACAGGUUAAACAAAGAUCCGAAGAAACUACUGCUUUGUCUUCAGCAGCAUGUUCAAAUCAUUCCACUACAGAGUCAUCACCUGACCAUAAUUCAUCCAGUGACCAUCAGGGGCAUCAGCAGUCAGACCAAGAUGGUGAAGACACCGUAAGUGAAGGGGAACAGACACUGACUGCAGGAAUACUCGUCACUCAAGACCAUGUCAUGGAUCAUGCACGUCUAGAUGUAGAUCGUCAGGAACAGCGAAUGCGAGACUGGAUAAUAAAUCGUCCAACUACAACCCCAAGAGGUCCGUCUGUGACGGGACAAAGUGGUCGGUCAGCUCAUGCUCACAGGCGAGAUCAGUUGGAGCAGAGAGAGAACAACCGGACCGCACGUCCACGCAGUGACCAGAUAAUUUAUCCUCCAACAACCGGACUUACAGGACGUCGACCUAACCUUAUGUGCCCAGGGUUGCCCCGUACGUUGUUACAACAGACCGCCCCACAAAGUCGUCCAGAACAUAGAGUACACCAGUUGAGUGACAUGGAACAAAUCCACAGAACCCUGAGUCAAUAUCAUAUGCAACGCAGAAGUCGGCCUGAUGAAUCAGAGCAAGGAGACCAGAGACAUCAGCAGCAGCAAUGGCGUCCGCAACAUGCUCAAAGACCACAUCCGGCAGGUGAAGUCAGAACCAUGCGGAACGACAUUGAGCGCACCAGAGACAACAUUGUAAGAGAGCUAAGACAGCAGGCCCAUCGAGUAGAUAAUCGUGAAGGAUAUGUCUCCAGGGUGAUGGCCCUUGUUAGAGAACGCCACUCUCUCUCCGAUCAUCAAGUCAACAAUCAUGGACCAGGGCCUCGGUCAGGUCACUCUCCUCCUGAGCAACAGGGACAGGUUGAACCACCAAACAUGGAACAUGUCCAGCGAUUGAAUCCUCGUCCACCACGCAGGCGAAGGAGAUGUCACAAACAUUAUAAUGGAGCGAUCUACCAGCCUAAGAAAGAGUGAUAUGUAUAAUGUAAACUAUAAAUCUUCAAAGAUAUUUUCGAUUGUUUCUAUUUUGAAGUUUACCAAUAAGUUAAGCGUCAGUUAUAUUCUAAUGAAUCUAAGUACAUAUCUUGGGCUUAUACAUUAAAUGCAAAUUAGUGUUGAUGUGGAUGCUGAUUUCUUCUUGUCAUUAAUCGAAAGAGAAAAUGUAUAUAUGUUAAAAAUUAUCUGGAACACUGUAAGUUAUAAUCGAAAUAAAUAUUUGUAAAUAUUUUUCUUAAUAGCAUGGCUAUGCCCGGGA